AUGCGCACUACUUUAGUUCGUUAUGCCGUCAUACCCAUCGUUGCUUUCCUGGCAUCAUUCACCGUUAGUAUCCCAUCCAUCAUCCCCCUCUUCCAGCGCUCCUACUCAAACUACGUCCUCCUAUCCAUCGACUCCUUCCUCUACCUCGUCCUCCACCUCAUCGUCACCGCACUCAUCGUCUUCAAGAUCGUCCGCACCCGAAGAGCCCUGCAAAAGGCUCUAGGGGAGUACGCCGACAAGGACAAAGUUUACACGGGAGUGACGAGUAUCCUCGUCGAAUCUGCAGCAGCCAUCGCGUUCUUCUCAGCGGGCUACGUGAUUCUCAACGUCGUUUAUCUCACGGGACGGAACACUAGUUGGGCGGCGUAUCAGACGCUCAUUGUGUUUGGGAUUGGCUAUGGAGUCGUUGUCGUGAGUCUGGAUUGUCUUUGUUUCCUGUCUUGA